AUAAUAAUUAAGGAUGACAAAAGGUACAUCAAGUUUUGGUAAACGGCGCAAUAAGACUCAUACAUUGUGCAGAAGAUGUGGUAGGUCUUCAUAUCACAUUCAAAAAUCAAAAUGUGCACAAUGUGGGUAUCCUAGCAAAAAAUUAAGGCACUAUAAUUGGAGUGAAAAAGGCCAAAGAAGGAAGACAACUGGAACUGGCAGAAUGAGACACCUUAAAAUUGUUAGGCGUCGUUUUAAAAAUGGCUUUAGAGAAGGUCCAAGGCCAGUUCCGAAGAAAGCAUCUUAAUUUUUUAAUAAAAAAUAAAUAUAAUUUGAAAUAUUU